AUAUAUCACACUCAUCCUUCAAACCAUCAACCACAAAGUAGUCAGCGACAUCACUGGACUACGAACAUUCCGAGUUUUGCGAGCACUACGAACACUUUCCAUUAUUCCAGGCCUAAAAACUAUGGUAAACGCCCUUUUACGAGCUCUUCGGAUGUUAAUAUCUGUCUUGAUUCUGAUAUUGUUUUGCCUGUGGAUCUUCUCCCAGGCAGGGGUCCAACUUUUUGGAGGGACCCUGCGCCACAAAUGUGUCUUACAAAUUUAUGGAAGUCCAGCAUUUGGCAAAACAUACGACGAGUUUUAUGCUGAACAUAUAUUGAACAGUGAUAACUGGUUUGCGAAGAGUAAUGGCGACUACGUUCUUUGUGGAAACGCCACAGGGGCUGGGACUUGUCCCUCCAACUACACGUGUCUGCCAGACAUUGGAGGUAAUCCCAAUCAUGGUUAUACUAAUUUCGACAACAUAGGCUGGAGUAUGCUGAUUUCAUUUCAGUUGCUUACUCAGGACUACUGGGAAGAUGUAUAUAAUAAGGUUAUACGUGCCCACAGUCCUUGGACAGUCAUCUACUUCAUCGUCAUCAAUUUCUUUGGUUCCUUGUACCUCAUGAAUCUUAUGUUAGCUGUUGUUGCAAGUGCCUACGAACUGGAAGUCAAGAAUACCGGGAAAGUAAUCAGCCACCUGGCAUUAGUUACACAGACAGAAUUACCAGAUCAUAUUUACCAUAUUCCAUACUGUGCAUGA